AUGCCGUCUAAUGCUUAUUCCUCCACGCCGCCGGUCAUCACGACCGCGUCGGUCGAGGGCGAUGUCAACUACCAGCCACCAACGUUCCCGCUCGGACCGUUCACCAAGUACGCCGGGAAUCCACUGCUGGUCCCCAACCCGGACAAUAUGUUUGAGUCGGCCUACAUCUACAACGCCACGGCCAUUGUGCUCGACAACCGGGUAUUUCUGCUGUACCGUGCGCAGACGGCCGCCCUCUGCUCGAGCAUUGGCCUGGCAUGGUCGGACGACGGCUACGACUUUACGCGCCUCGACCGACCGGUCCUCGAGGCUUCAGAGCCCUGGGAGGCCGGCGGUGGCGUCGAGGAUCCGCGCAUCACGCGCUCCGAGGACGGCCAGUUUGUCAUGACGUACACGUCGUGGGACUUCAAGGUGCCGCGCCUGUGCCUGGCGACGUCCACAGACCUGGUGAACUGGACCAAACAGCCGCCGCUGUUCCCGGACCUGGAGGAUGUCGAGUACUGCGAGCACACCGGCCGCACUCUGAUCCGCAAGGGCCACUCCAAGUCGGGUGCCAUUUUCCCCGAGAAGGACAAGAACGGCAAGUACCAGAUGAUCUUUGGCGAUUCUCUGUUGUUGAGAGCAGAGAGCGACGACCUCGUGCACUGGACGGCCAAGCCGUACAACGAGUACUUUGCGGAGCCCGUGCACCCGUGGGAGUCGCGCUUGCUCGAGCCCGGCCCAGCACCGAUCAAGACGCGCGACGGCAAGUACAUUCUGGUGUACAAUGCCGCGACGUUGGGCUGUGCGGGCUACCGCAACAACCAGUACUCCAUCAGCCAAUUUUUGAUCGACUAUGACAACCUGGAGAACGGCCCAUUGGCCCGACUGGACAAGCCGUCGCUGGUAGUAUCGACAAAAAACGAGAGGGAGGGCCUGGUGAAUGAGGUAGUCUUCUGCGAAGGCCUGGUACAGUUCAAGGGCAAGUGGUUCUUGUACUACGGCCAGGCAGACAGCGAGCUGGGGGUGGCGACGGCGGAUAUAUGA